CUUUUGCUUUUCCUGCUAUAAUGGAUUGAAAUGUCUCUUUUACACAAAGUAAUUGUUAGGGUUCGAUCCUGAUCUAUUUGGGAACAUUAGAGAAUCACAAAUGGUCAAGACUGGUUGUAGGACUAUAGGGUUUACAGAAAUCCAGGAUGCACAAAAUCAUAUACUGUUAGGGCAAAAAAGGAACAACAUUGAGUACUCAGUCAAAUCUAAAAUAAAUGAAGGCAUGCUUUGGAGUUCACUGCCAAUAAAGUAAGGGAGUUUUUGGGGUUUAAAAACAAAAAAUCAGUGAUACUCUACAAUACAAUAUUGUUCAACUUGAGAAAAUGACAAUGCUCUACCUUACAGAGAGCACUAUCUCAACACAUACUUUAACCUGUAAGUUCUUCACAUCUCUUGGUUUUGGUGAUAUUUCCUCUCACCUCUCCCCUACAGCUUUCUACCACCUACACUGUGGCUAUUGUAAUGUUAUGGAACAAAACAGCUAGCCUACAUAGAGUGAAAUAUACAGCAUUGAGCAACUCCAACAAUGUAUUUCGUGUGUGGAGCCAUCCAACUCACUGCUGUUGCUCAACGUUGAUCUUCUUGUGAACAAACCUUCAUUUGGGUGGAAAGACAUCAGUCGUGCGAGACGACAGAGCUGCACCACAAUGAUCGGUCAACUGGCUGCUUUGAUUCUUCUUUCUACGAUGUGUAAGUGCAAUUCUUUAUUCCUGUAUGAAAGACAAUACCAUUUGAUGAUCUUAAAGAUGAUCUCCUCCAAUAAACCUUUUCUUUGUCUUUUUUCUUUAGCUCUGAUUGAAUCGGCAGAGGAUCCUCACCUGAUCUCAUUGGCUGUGGUAGAAGUUGGUGGAAACUUUACUUUUCAAUGUCCAGUUUUGGAUAACAAAGGCAAACAAUUGUCUCUGUUCAAGCAGUCUCUUGGACAAAUGGCCCAGCCAGUUUUUAACUUGAUUUUUGGCAGACUAACAGUUACUGAACCUUUUUUAGACACACGGUUCACAGCAACAAAAGAUGAUACUCAUUAUCUUUUCACAAUCAGAAAUGUCAGUAAAGAGGACGAAGCAACAUAUUUCUGUCUCACUGGAUGGACGUAUUCACUGAGUUUUGGCAUUGGCAUCUUCUUGGAUGUGAAUGAUCAGCAGAAAUCUUUCUACGUGAAGCAAAGUCCGAAGACCAAGUCAGUCCAGCCCGGCGACUCAGUGACUCUGGAGUGUUCACUUAUCUCUAAAAACAACAAAAGCGCAGAUCAGUGUACAGGUGAACACAAUGUUUCCUGGUUCAGAUCUGGAUCAGGAGAAUCCCAUCCAAGCAUAAUUUACACUCACAGUGACGAACAAAAGGAACGCAGUUGUGUCUUCAGUCUGUCCAAAACUAUACACAAGUCCUCUGAUACCGGGACGUAUUACUGUGCUGUGGCUACAUGUGGACAGAUCCUGUUUGGAGAAGGAACUACAGUGGAGACAAGAACCGUCUCACGGACAGACGAUGUAUUUCUGCUUCUGCCGUCUGUGGUCUCGGCCAUUAGUGUGAUUGUUAUAGCCAUCCUUAUUCACGCCAUCAAGAGAAACAAGUGUGAUUAUUGCCAUAAUAAAGCUGCUGUUUACCUGCAAGAAAAUGUUGCAAAAAGGAAUGUAAAGAGAAAUGAAGACCCGUGGAUUUAUUCUACUGUCGUCUUCACCGUGAUGGAAACUGGCCCCGGGGUCUACACGGCUGCCAAGGCUUUUUGAUCUGAGUCAAAUGUGGAGUCAGCAAUUCUCAAGAAAGAUUGUUGAUAUUUGAUCUUAAAAACAAAUGUCCCCCUUCGUAUUUACCCUGCCUCUUGCUCCCACUGCCUUUCUCUUUACACAUCCAUGGCCCUCCUUUCCCCUGUCCUCGCACAGGCAUAAACGCCCUGAUGCUGAUUGGCUGGAUCAUAACCAGCUUUUCUUUUAGCAUAGGCACAUAAUGCAGUCAGCUAGCGGAGUGUAAGUAGAUAUUUGCUAGUAGUAUAUUGGAUUUAAAUCUUAGACGGCACCUUUUAACUGGACUGUAUUAGAUAUCUUUGUACCAAAUGUGAUAUAAUGGUAAUGUGUUUAAGUUUAAAGCUGUUAUAACAUGUUGGAAUUAGC